AUGGAGGAGAUGAUCAAGGAGGGCGGGCUGGACGAGGCGCUCUUAAAUGAGGUAUACCUGAGCUGGAUCGAGGUCGAGGCGACGCACUUCCAGAUCUACAAGCGCGUGAGGCACGUGUUCGAGGAGUCCGUACGGGUGAUCCAGUUCCGCGCGCGGCGUGUCUCACUCGAGCAGGUGUUCAGAGAACUCAUGUCCGGAGACGAGCUCAUCCGCAUCGCGAAGGAAGUCGGGGCGUAUGCAUCCAGGAUCACGGGGGAGUCAACGGCGCGAGGCAUGUGUCUUGCUGUGCGGAGGAAGCUGAUGUGUCCGGUGGUGUUAAGUGCUGGUCGGGGCGGGUGCACAGUGUCGCUUGUGGCUGAAGAUAAGGUGGACACGUUCAUUGAGAAGCUCGUGGCGACGUACCUUGAGGGCGAGGCUCUGAAGCAGGUCAUUUUCGCAACGAAGCCGAGUAGCGGAGCAUGUGUGUCGAAGCUUGAGUAA